CAGUUUCCGUUCCUCAUUUCGUCUCCGCAGCGCCACCUCUCCCAAAAAACCCCUAACCCCCGCAGCUGCAGUAGCCACAACAACCGUCACCAUGAAGUACAACCCUAGAGUCUCCUCCUCCAGGCGCAAGAACCGGAAGGCCCACUUCUCGGCGCCCUCCUCCUUGCGCAGGAUCCUAAUGAGCGCCCCACUGUCCACCGAUCUCCGCCAGAAGUACAACGUUCGAUCCAUGCCUAUCCGCAAGGACGAUGAAGUCCAGGUUGUUCGUGGGACUUAUAAAGGACGUGAGGGCAAGGUGGUUCAAGUUUAUCGCAGAAAGUGGGUAAUCCACAUCGAGAGGAUUACACGUGAGAAGGUGAAUGGGUCUACAGUUAAUGUCGGUAUCAACCCGUCCAAGGUUGUUAUUACCAAGUUGAGGCUUGAUAAGGAUAGGAAGUCUUUGUUGGAUCGCAAGGCAAAGGGACGCGCUGUUGGAGAUAAAGAGAAGGGCACUAAGUUCACUGCUGAGGACAUCAUGCAGAAUGUGGACUAAUUGGUUUGUCUGCAAUGAAAUAUUUAGUUGGUUUAUGUUUACAAGGACGAGGUUUUGAAUGAUUUAGCUAUUUUCUCGAUACUACUAGUAUGCUAUCUUUUUUGUUAAUGCUUGGAGACUUUAAGGUUUCUACUGUGACCUGGAUUUUGUUACUUUCUGUUGAGGCUUUGUUCUGGUACUCU